CACCUCUGUAUUUCAAAUAAUUUCACAUUUGAAGAGACUAACAAUUCCUGUUUUUGCCAGAUUUUUUUCUUGAAUGGCAACGUGAAUGUCAAGCCAAGAGGCCCAAAAUACACUUGUUCUCCGUGUCCACAAGAUUCCAGACAAAUUAAGCAAUCAAGUUGAAGAAACGUUUCCACUACUUAAAGAGGUAUCUGCAAACUGUAUUUAUUCAACCAUCCCCAUGGGAUUUUCCCUUAGUAAAUCUGCUACUCAGGUAUCUGCUAUGCACAUGGAUUCAAAAGUGGAUGAUCAUUUGAUGCAAGGAACUGAGAAAAGCAAGUUGGAACCAGUGACUCGAUUAUUUCAAAACACCAAGAAAAUCAGAUUAGAAGACACGAACCAAGAAAACUUUACAAGAAGUAAAGAGAUUGGCUCAGGAUCUCUUUCAGAGAAAACCUCGGGUUCUGUGGUAUAUGUUAAAGAAAGUGAUGGAAUAGAAAUGACAGAUGUGGAAUGA